AUGGAGCUAAAAAAGUUGAACCCCCGUUGGGAUGCGUACGACCGACGAGAUUCGUUCUGGUUGCAGUUGGUGUGUUUGAAGUAUUUGGGUCUUUGGCCACCGGAGGAUUCGGAUCAGGCCACUCGGAAGCGGUACAUUGCGUACGGUUGGGCCCUGCGGAUCGUGUUUCUACACCUGUACGCACUAACGCAAGCAUUGUACUUCAAGGACGUGAAGGAUAUCAAUGACAUUGCUAAUGCGCUGUUUGUGCUGAUGACACAGGUUACACUGAUCUACAAGCUGGAGAAGUUUAAUUACAACAUAUCCCGCAUUCAGGCAUGCUUGCGCAAACUUAACUGCACACUGUACCAUCCGAAGCAGCAAGAAGAAUACGGGCCUGUACUACGGUCGAUGAGUGGUGUAUUUUGGCUGAUGAUCUUUCUCAUGUUCGUUGCCAUCUUUACCAUCAUCAUGUGGGUGGUUUCACCCGCGUUCGACAAAGAUCGUCGACUACCCGUUCCGGCCUGGUUCCCGGUGGACUAUCAUCGUUCGGACACCGUGUACGGAGUGUUGUUCCUCUAUCAAACGAUCGGGAUUGUCAUGAGUGCGACGUACAACUUCUCCACCGACACCAUGUUUUCCGGCUUGAUGUUGCACGUAAAUGGACAAAUAGUGCGUCUUGGCAGUAUGGUGAAGAAGAUAGGACAUGAAGUACCUCCAGAACGUCUGUUUCUCAUAGACACGGCAACAACUGAUGACGAAUGGAAAGAGAUGAGAAGGCGAAUCAAUUAUCACUCGAAAGUGUAUGGGAAGACGUACGCCGAAGUGACUGAGUGUGUACUAUUCCACAAGGAUAUCCUGUGCUUCAGCGAUGAAGUGCAGGACAUUUUCCAGGGAUCCAUUUUUGCACAAGUGUGCGCCUCGGUAAUUAUCAUUUGCAUGACACUGCUGCAAGCCACCGGGGACGAGGUCACGAUGGCCGAUCUGCUUGGGUGUGCGUUCUAUCUGCUGGUGAUGACUUCUCAGGUGUUUAUAUUUUGCUAUGUUGGAAACGAAAUCUCCUACACGACGGAUAAGUUUACGGAGUUUGUGGGAUUUUCCAACUACUUUCGGUUCGAUAAGCUCACCAGUCAGGCUAUCAUUUUCUUCAUGCAAAUGACAUUAAAAGAUGUUCACAUUAAGGUGGGUAGUGUGCUGCAGGUAACAUUGAAUUUACACACCUUUUUACAGAUUAUGAAGCUCUCAUACUCUUAUCUCGCUGUAUUACAAAGCAUGGAAUCAGAGUAA